GCGCCGGCGAGCCUAGCCUGAGCCCCGGCAGCGGCGCAGGGCUGGAAAAACUCCCCGCAGUUUUUCUCUUAAGUAUACUGGAAGCGUAUAGAAACAAAGAGUGGAGAACAGAUGAGAUCAAGGCAGUGACUGAGUCGGCUCCAGCAACUUCCUACUACCAAGGAUUACAGCCAGAUUGCUGUGGAAAUGAAUGGAGAACCGCAGCAGGAGACAGAUGCAGGAUCUGGUGUGGAUGAAACCGAAUUCGGUUGGGAUGAGUAUUUGGAAGAUACGGGAGCACUAGCAGCACCUCAUAGCUCAUUUAAACAUGUUGAUACUAGCCUACAAAAUGGCUUUGCACCUGGCAUGAAACUGGAGGUUGCUGUCAAGCCAGACCCUGAUACAUACUGGGUAGCCACCAUCAUUACGACUUGUGGGCAGUUACUGCUACUACGGUAUGAUGGUUAUGGAGAGGACCGCAAAGCUGACUUCUGGUGUGACAUCAUGACAGCUGACUUGCACCCAAUUGGUUGGUGUGAGCAGAACAAGAAGGCUCUCAGAGUGCCUGAAGGCAUCAAGGAUAAAAUUUCUAACCCAGAAGAAUUUCUGCAGCAGACUCUGAAGGGAGCUUGUAGUGCCCCUGUCAACCUUCUAGAAGGGCUCCACAGAGGGAAGAAUCCCUUGGAUUUAAUUGCACCUGGUUCAAGACUAGAAUGUCAGCACUUAAAGGAUUCCCUAGGAGCUUGGAUAGUCAAUGUAGUAGAAAAUAUUGGUGGAAGGCUUAAACUGCGUUAUGAAGGACUUGGAGAUUUGGAUCAGUAUGACUUGUGGAUGUUCUAUUUGGAUCCCUUUCUCCAUCCUGUGGGUUGGGCAACUCAACAGGGUUACAUCCUUGAACCUCCAUUAGCUUUUAGGCACUUCAAGACUGAGGCAGAAUGGCAGAAGAUCCUAGCCACAGUAAAAGAGGAGGAAGAAGAAUCUUUAGUGCCCACUGAUUUAUUUAAGGACAAACCUGUUGUUGGCAUCCACUCAUUCUCUGUGAACAUGAAGCUAGAGGCUAUUGACCCAGAAGCACCUUUUAUCAUCGCACCUGCUACUGUUACAAAGGUAUUCAAUGAUAAAUAUUUUAUGAUAGAAAUAGAUGAUUUGCGACCUGAUUGUACCACAAGCCAGUCUUACAUCUGUCAUGUCAACAGUGCUGGUAUUUUUCCUGUGCAAUGGAGUUUAAAGAAUGGGUUGCAUCUCAGUCCUCCACCUGGCUACCCUGGGCAAGACUUUGACUGGGCAGACUAUCUCAAGCAGUGUGGAGCUGAGGCUGCUCCCCAGAGCUGUUUUCCCUUGCUAAAUUCCGACCAUGGUUUUAAGGAGAACAUGAAACUGGAAGCUGUAAAUUCACAAGAUCCAGAAGAAAUUUGUGUUGCUACUGUUACAAAGGUGAAGGAUUCCUAUCUCUGGCUACAGCUAGAAAGUUCUAAAGCACCAACCCGUGACUGCAUAGUGAGUGUAGAAUCUAUGAAUAUAUUUCCAGUAGGUUGGUGUGAAACUAAUGGAUAUCAGCUCACUCCCCCUCGCAGAGGAGUAGUUAACAAGGAGAAGAAAAUUGCAGUGGUCCAACCAGAAAAGCAAAUAUUGUCUUCAAGGACUGUCCAUGAGGGCCUAAAGAGCCAGGAAUUGAACUCAGCUGACACAGUUGUAACUAAUGGUAAAUACUGCUGCCCAAAGAUCUACUUCAAUCAUCGCUGCUUCUCAGGGCCAUACCUUAAUAAAGGUAGAAUCGCAGAACUGCCACAGUCUGUGGGACCUGGGAAUUGUGUCCUUGUUCUUAAAGAGGUUCUCUCUCUCUUGAUCAACGCUGCUUAUAAACCCAGCCGUGUUCUUAGAGAAAUACAAUUAGAUGAGGAGGCUACGUGGCAUGGAUAUGGAGAAACCCUGAAAGCAAAAUACAAAGGGAAGAGUUAUCGUGCCACAGUGGAAGUUGUAAGAACAGCUGAUCGGGUGGCAGAAUUCUGUAGGCAGACCUGUAUCAAACUGGAGUGUUGUCCAAAUCUCUUUGGUCCCCAAAUGGUGCUAGACAAGUGUUCAGAGAACUGCUCUGUUCUGACUAAAACCAAAUACACCCAUUACUAUGGGAAAAGAAGAAACAAAAGGAUUGGCCGGCCACCAGGACUCCACAGCAACACAGAAGCAAGCAUGAAGAAGUCAAGCAAGAAAAGAAAGAAGCGGAAAAAUUUCUUUGUUCAUAAAAAGAAACGAUCCUCUACAUCUGUGGAGAACACACCAACUGGCUCACCCCAAGGCAGUGGAGGUGAAGAGGACGAUGACCAGGAAGAGGUGGAUGAAGAAUCCUUAACAGAAGACAGUGUCUCGGAUCACCAAGAUGAACUGCUUGAAGAAUCCGAACUUUCAGAGAAGAAAUCACAAUCCUCCUCACCCACACAGAGUGAGCGGUCUCAUUUUGUGACUCAGGACCGGGAUAGACGGAAAAGGAAACUACGUACUUUCUCUUUCUCAGAUGAUGAAAAUAAGCCUCCCACACCAAAGGAAAUCAAGAUAGAAGUUGGUGAAAAGCUGCAACUGGAUAGCAAUCCUUUGGAAUGGAGCGUGGCUGAUGUUGUGCGGUUCCUCAAAUCCACAGACUGUGCUCCAUUAGCUAGAAUAUUUCUUGAUCAGGAAAUAGAUGGGCAGGCACUUCUACUACUUACUCUUCCUACUGUUCAGGAGUGCAUGGACUUGAAGCUUGGCCCAGCAAUUAAACUUUGCCAUCACAUUGAAAGAGUCAAAUUUGCCUUUUACCAGCAGUUUGCUAACUAAGGAUGGAGAGGCAGCAAGUUGAAAUCCAUUUUUUGAAGCACAACUGCAGUCUCCUGCUCUUGUUUCAGCAGGGGAAGCCAAGAAAGAUCUCAUGGAAACUGUUUAUAAACUGACAUUUGGAGCCUUGCACUUUGAGAGAAGGAAAAAGACUCCUGGAUGUUAAUGCAAUCCUAUCUAUCUUCACAAAUGUUGCUUGUUCCAGAGCUUUUUCUUUUAAGAAAUAAAGGUGGUUUGACAUCUCUCCUCUGAGGGGAGAAAUAUUAUUUUUAGUAAUGGUCUGGAAAGAGCCAAACUGAUAGCAUGUGCAAGAAGAUAAAAAUUGGUGGAAAUCUCCUUUUCCUUAGCAGUCAUAGAACUGUUGUAGUUUUGUCUUAAAGAGACUUUAAAAGGAAAGCUUAUUGUCAAGGUAAGUGGGGUGGCCAAAAGCUUUGAUAUGAAAAACCACAUUCGGGCUUUGGAAGUUGCUUUCUACUUUUGCAGCCUGAAAGCACUACAAGGGAAAAGGACCUGUGUGGCUAUGCAACAGCUGCUUUGCUGAAGUCAGGACACCAACUCUGUUUCUUGUGAUAGAGGCUCUGUGCCUCUGCUAUGGGCAUGGUUUUUCCUGUGGUGGAGACAGUCAUACUCGGAAUUUUUACCAGUCACACUGCUGUUAAAGACACAGAAUGAAAGGUGUGGGGGGGGAUUUAAAUGUUAGCAUAUGGUUCUGCUUUUAACUAAAAAGCUGCAGAAAAACACAACUUCAUUAAUGCAAUUUGUUCUCCUUGGAAAGAUUUUUAACGUUUUUGUAGGGAAAAUGAAACGAUGCGGGGAUUAAGUUUUCUGUCUUGUAAUCAUUUGUUUGAAAACUGACCUUGCAUAUGUUGAGGAGGGAUAAAUAGAAAGGUGGAGCUCAUAUCAAUUGUCAAAUAUUAUGGGUUUCUCCAUAUAAUUAUGGUUGGCCUGUAAAAGCAUGGAUAGAGUGGUUCUUCCCUUAUCUAGUUAAGGAUAUAAUGGAACAUAACUUGUGAUGUCCAUUGUGGCACAGUUCAUGCAAUACAUAUGACUGUGGGUCCACAUUGGGAGAUAGGGUUCCAUGAAUAUUCACAUGACUUCUUACAGUGCAAUCCUAAGAAGCAUUACUCCAGUCUAAGCCCAUUGAAAUCAUUGGACUUAAACUGGAGUAGCUCUUAGAGAACCCAGCAAUUUUUUGUCCAUAAAACAGCGUCCUGCCACUGUAACAACUCUUGGUUGUUGCAUACUAAUGAAGAAUUGUAGGUUUCAAAUUCCGUAGAGUGGUUCAAACUGAUUAGGAUCCAGGUUUUUGCAUUUUCUCUGCUGGGCUAUCCCUUCUGCCUAUUAUAUGUAUGCUAACUUUGAAAUAUAUCUGGUCACUUUGAUCUCUGGAUAUUUGGGAUUCACAGGUUGGAACUUGUGUUUCUGGGGAUUGUCUGGGGACAUACAUAAAUACUUAUCUUUAGGAAGGUGUCUUAAAAGAACCUUCCUUAAAAUGAACUUUCCUAUCAGUAUGAGAUCCUAGAGUGUGGCUGCAGAAUGAUUCUCCAGAGCUUUCAUACUUCCAAGUUUCAACCAAAGUAGAUUUAGUACAUGGAAGGCUAUGUAAAUUAACUCAUAAGCUGAGUUUGCAGCUGUAUUUGUAUAUUGAAGUUAGUACUAUUCAGCUGGUUGGUUUAUUAUAAAAAAUGCACUUUGUGUAUGGGUAGGUGGGUUGGUUUCUGAGCAUCUCUAUUUGGCACAGGGAAAAAAAUCAAUUUUCCCCAUCAUUCAACUUUAGUGUAUCGUUUGCUCUGUUCAGUGGGCAGUUGUUGGGUAUCUUUUGACAAAAAAUAAUCUGAAAGAAAUCAUAAGAAGCCCAUAUGUAGAAACUUUUAUGUCAAAGAUUUUUCAGAGUUUUUUAAGUAAAAUUUUCAUACUUCAUGCAUUGCUGUAAAUAAGUCAACUGUUUUUGAGGCCAGUGGAGUAGGAGCUGGCUAUGCAGGAUAUAUUUAUAAGCUGAUAUUUCUGUCUUGCUUUAGCAGUUUGGUCCCAGUGGGAUCCAUUUAGGGAGUUUCAAAAAGAGAGAUGCUUUCCAUUGUUACUUUUAAUAAGUCAUUUCUAUGCAACACACGGGUACUUGUAUACUGCAUUUCUUGAGGCAAUUCUUGUGGGCUGGAGUGUAAAGGGUUUGACACAAUCUACAAAGCAUUCAGUUCCUAAGUACUUUUGAAAUAUUCUCAUACUUCAGUAAAAAUGUAACUUCAUCUACCAAACCCUUCAUCUCUUUCCAUUUAUUGCCCAAAUAGUUUCAAUUGGAGUCUUACCUGACUUAGUACUGAUACGACAUUUAAAAGGUUCUUGCAUUAUUGUAGAGGAGUGGGGGAAAGUCUGCAAAGUUAGAUAACAUUGUAUAUUUUUACUGUGCCAAUGAUAUUCUCCCGCUGAGAGAGUGCCUGCACACCCCAUUGGCUUUAAGGUCUGCAAUAUACCUUCCCCCAAAGAAGAGAGCAGGGAAAGGUAAACAUAAUUUUCAUGUCUCUGUGGCCUACCUGCUACACGAAGACCUCCAUUAAAAUAAAUACUUACGUACUGCUGUAACUUAUAGGCAAUAAAGCAGGUUUUCCUUAGGAUUGGCUUUUUUUGGAAAACUGCAAUUUGCUUGAGCAGCUAGAAAAAUAUUAACAUAUAAAAUUGGUCCAUAUUAAAGCAACAUAGAGUGUUUCACAUUACUAAUAAAAAUUAAUAUGAUCCUGGACUUACCUCUCUGGGUAUAGUUACCACUUUUAUAAUGCUUAGUAAAUAUUCAAAGACCAGAUGGGGAAGAAAAUAAGUAACUAACUUGUAGAGCUUGUACCAAAUUCUGGAUUUGAAGAAGAUGGUUCUUGGGGAAAGAAUUUGACAUUGUUAAACUUUCUAUGUCAUAUUUAAAUCCUAGUAUGAUGAUUGAGCCAUCAAAGGGAGCCUUAACUGCCCCCAUUACAUAAAUGCUUUGCAAGAAGAUAGAAAUAGUUAAUUACUAAAUGAAUAGCAAUAUAUUGUAUCAUUUACUUACUGAAUCUAGCACACCUUUUUCAUACAAUGUGCAGAGAUUUUGUAUGCAUUAUUCACCAAAGGCUAAUGAGCUCAAAGGAGUUUAAUAGUACAUGAGAAGAAUAUUUCAUAAAUAUGCCAAAUUGAAACGUUUAACUGCAGAACAGGCAGUGUGCGUAUUUGCCUCUGCCUCUCUAUAAAUACGAUGAAGUUUUAUUAAUUUCACACAAGAUGUGUUGCCAAAUGUCAAUCUACCAGAGAUCAGCGUUUUAUAUAAAGCAGAUCUUAGCAAUUUUCAACUUUGUCUAGGAUUGUUGUCUACUGUGAAAGUUUUCAAAAUACCCAAGAUUUGCUAAGCACAAAGGAAUUGCCUUUGCCUGAAAACCUUAUCAGCUUGCUUGCUAGGAACUUGUGCUGACAUUUUAACUUUUAUCAAAUCAUUCAAUGAGAUCUUGUUUUUGAGGCAGCAUCAUGGGGGAAAGAUUAGGAUGGAUUUUGAGCAGUGGUGCUAACUGUAUGCAUGCAGUUAUCCCUCCCUCAUACACACACACACACACACUGGUUCUGUUUAUGGCAGAGAGGUUGUUUAGUGAAUACCACUAGCAUCAAUUGCUUUCUAUAUCCUAUCUAAAAACUACCAAAACAGGUGAGGCUGUUAGUACAGUAGCUAUUCCAUUGUACCUACCUGCUCAUCAGAAAACACUGACAGUCCUCAUACUGCAGUCUAUUUGAUUAAUCAAACAUCAGCAAUAAGGAGCCAAAUGUUAUAGAAGGCCACAAGUUGCUUCUUCCUGACCCCCCCAAGAGUCAUGGCAUCAAAUGCACAGUAGUAUGGGACAGCUGGGACUGAGUGACUGGGUAGAAUUAAUUUAAAAAUGAGUUUCAGUAAAGAGGUUGUCACUUUAGCCAUCACCUGGAAAAGCUCCUGGAACAGUUUCUUUUAAUAUAUCUGUUGAGUCUUCAUAUCUGCCGUCAUCUGCUACAAUCCUGUUUCACUGUCAUAUACACACAUCACCCAUUUUUUCCAUCCUCCUCUAAAUCAAUUCUGUUGAUGUUUUACAGACAAUCAGAAAUCUCUUGGAAGAGCCCCUAGGGCAGAUACUGCCAGCAUAUAUGUAGAUCUGCUUGUUGUAAUAGCUCAUUGGACAUGCACUUUCCCUGCUUUGUUCUUUUUUAAAAAAGAAUUUUAAAAUGUAUAUUGUGUUGCCCCUCUUGCUUGCUGUAUUUUUCCUUGAUUUUGAGAGAGAGAGAGAGAGAGAGAGAGAGAUGCGUGCUUUAAAAAGUAAAAUAUAAAAAAAGGAGGAAUAUGCACAUGCAAACUUGCUCUUUUGCUGGAUAGGUGUAUCAAAAGGUUUUAAAAUAUCUUACAUUAUUUUGCUUGGUUUUUUCUGUAAAAAUGUACAUAAUUUUGUGGUACUUCAUGACCGUUUUAAGUGGUUGUAAGAAAAUUAAAAACACUCAAAUUGCUA